AUGGGUAAUUGUUGUUCAGAAGAUUGUGUAAAAGAUGUAUUUAAUAUGUAUGCUCCAGGUGACAUACGUAAGCCAGAAGCUUUUGGUAAACCAAUUAUUGUUCCUGAAAACAAAAAAUCUAAUGAUGAUAUCAAGAAAUUCCCUGGAUUCGAACAGAUCAAUGAUGAUUCUGAUCCAGACGCAGUUUAUUAUAAUCCUGGAGAAAUAAAUAGCGAUGAUUCAAACAUGGCCUGA